UCUCUGGGCGUAUCUUGUGAACUCUUGUACUACUCCCACUUCACACUAUUUCUCCGGCUGCGCACGUGGAGACACGAGUAGAAGUUCUUUGCAGCUUCUUUAGCUAUGUCCCGACGACAAAUGCCAUCACUUGUGGCGCGAAUCGACAAGCAAGGAACUCUUAACAAACGGCAACAUUCUCCGACAAUGACUCCCGCUUGAGUUCCUCUCUUGGCAGCCUCCCCCUUCCACUUUCCUCCUCUUUUUUCCUCCUGAUCCCGUUCUGUCCAAUUUGAGCCCCAGCCACACCAUUAUGGUAGAUAAAGGCCCUUUGUUGACAUCUGCCGUUAUUUUCUACCUGUCCAUUGGGGCAGCCAUUUUUCAAGUCCUGGAGGAGCCCAAUUGGAAGCUGGCUGCAAAGCAGUACAAACUCCAGAAGGAAAAAAUACUUAAGGACUAUCCCUGUCUGACGAAAGAUGAUUUGGACAAAAUAUUACAGAUAGUCUCCAAUGCUGCUGGCCAAGGUGUCACCAUAACGGGCGACAAGACCUUCAACAACUGGAACUGGCCAAAUGCUGUCAUCUUUGCUGCCACUGUCAUAACUACUAUUGGAUAUGGAAACAUUGCCCCCAAAACAUCAACUGGACGUGUAUUUUGUAUCUUCUAUGGGCUCUUUGGUGUGCCUUUGUGUCUUACUUGGAUCAGCGAGCUUGGGAAGUUCUUUGGUGGACGAGCCAAGCAUUUUGGCCAAUAUCUAACCAAGAAAGGAUUUUCACUGAGAAAGGCUCAAUUUACCUGCACUGCUAUUUUUCUUCUCUGGGGGGUGUUGAUACAUUUAGUCCUUCCCCCUUUUGUUUUCAUGUCCCAGGAGGGUUGGACAUACAUCGAAGGCUUGUACUUCUCCUUUGUUACCUUGACGACAAUUGGCUUUGGUGACUUGGUAGCAGGUGUGGAACCCAAUAAAGAUUACCCCACUCUAUACCGUUACUUUGUGGAGGUUUGGAUUUAUCUUGGUUUGGCUUGGCUUUCCUUGUUUUUCAACUGGAAAGUGCGCAUGGUGAUCGAAGCCCACAAAGCACUGAAGAAACGACGCAAGCUCCGCAAACUAUCUCUAGAUGAGCUGCGACAAUACAAAGAAUCUCACAAGGCUGCACUUCACCUGUCGCAAACUCCCAAGGAUGUCAACAUCUUCAGCUUCCUGUCCAAAAAACAAGAAGGCUACAAUGACCUAAUCAAGCAGAUUGGCACGAAAAGUGAUGAGAGAGACAACGGCAGCGCAGGGAACGCUGUCAGCAGUGCCAAAGACAAGUCUCGGUCCAAAAGCUGCAAUGACACUCCCAUGUUUAAUGGCCACACUAUUCUCAGUUUAGAGCGUUCACCACGGCACAAGAGACGAUACAGCUUCAGUGACCGUGUCACUGUUGCUUUCUCAAAGUCAAAGAACUACCUCCUGGGCUCUGACAACGGUUUGCUGUUAACAGAGGAUCAUGUUGACAGGGAUGCCGAACUGGACCAAAACCAAAUAUAUGAGAACCAACUUGACAAAGACGUGGACCUGGAGAAUCCAGGAUUGGGAGCUUGUGGAAUAAGUGGUCGAAGGGCGUGGGAUUCUAAAGACUACCAUCACCUUACGUUUCAAAAUGCAAAUAUUACCUUCAUUGAUGAGGAAAACUUUCUUAGUAAUAAUCUGGAGGAGGACGAGGAUGAUGAUUCCAAAGCAAAACUAUCUGUAACGACUUGUGAUGAAAACAUUGAACCCAACACCAAGGAGGAGGAGAGUUCAGUGUCGGACGGCUCUGUUUUUAGCUCUGAUGUUUCUGAACACAGCAACUCUUAUGAGAAGCUUGUAGAAGAAUAUGCAAAGGAAGACAAUACAGAACCUUGAAAGAACAGUUAAAACAGAAUUCCUUAUUAACUGUGACGGUAUUGAAGUUUUUCAACAAUGUGAAUUGUUGGGAAAAAAAAACUGGACAGCCCAUUGCACUGUUGGGGUGGCAAAAGGAAAAAAAGGCCUAGCAGAAUGAUUGUUUCCUUUCUUGUGACAAAUCAAAAUCCCUGUCAUUUGAGCGAAUGAUGGUGCUUCCUGGAAUCUUGUUUUCCGACAAUUUCACUCACUUUGAACUUCAUUAGCUCUAUUUAUGGCCUUUGUAGACAUGUUUUCCACAUAUUGAAAUCACGAUCAAAUUGAUGAUUUCCUCUUCUUUUUUGUGCAUAGUAUAAUAGGGAAUCAUGUGUAUGUUUAAACAUAGUGCUUUCACACACACCAUAUUGGUGUUUAUAGAAUAUUUAAAAAGAUGGGCAUGGUAGCUGGCGUAGAUAUAUGCGUCUCCCAUUGCACAAUUCCACCGAAUGAGGACAGAGCAAAGUCCGUUCCAGUGCAGAUUGUUGUUAUUUUUUAACCUGAAUCAAACAUUUGUCCUUAUAGUGAAAGAAUUUCUUUUCCCUUCCCGUAUUUUCCUUAGUCCUUGAUGAAUAGCUGCCUAUUCUGCGAUUGUGCCUUGUUUUGACUGUACAUAACAGACAUGUGGCUCCACUUAGGUCAGCAAGUCUGCACUAGUGACUUAUAAAGACCUAGAGUCGACCCAAGGUAAACUAUUAAGGGAGAAAAAAAAGAUAUGCACAUUAAAGCAUUGCUGGUUAAUGGAAAUUAGUGAUGUGGGAUACCACUGAUCUUGAUCUGAUACUGAAUAAAAUUCAGGCUGGUAUCAGUGAUACUGAUACCAUAUCGAUGCUUUGUGUAAAUUCACCUAAUGUGUUUGGUAAAUUGUUUAAUAAUUAAUGUAAUUCAAUUAAUUAAUUAAUUAAUUAAUUAAAGGGCAAUGUACAAAAACUGAAAAAACAUGGCAACAUCAUAUACAAUAUGUGAAAAUAGUAUUUCAAACAAAACAAAUAAUUGAAAUAAUAAAACCAUUAAAAUAAAUGAUUAAUUACCAAGACCUACUAUAAGAAUUAAUAUUUUAUUGACAAUUCACGCAUGGUUUUCCAAUCAGAUAUCACUUCAACAGACAAAGUUUCAGACAGACAUGACCUCAAAUGACAGAAGUAUCAAAAGUAUUGUUAUUUGUUUUUGAGCAUCGACUUUAGAGUAUGAACGCCUGGUAUCAGAAGUAUCAUUAUAUCAGUAUCGAUCCACGCAUCACUAAUGGAAAUAGCCCAAGAAUAUGCUAUUAUAAGUUUCUUUGCAAAUAAUGGCUUAAUUUUAGUGCAUGCAUACUAUGUUAUGUCGCUAACAGCAUCAAUUGGAACAUUUUGGGCCCUUUUAAUGUGGCAGUAUGAAUUCACAUUUCACUACCAAGAUAUUUGUACUUUUUUUCUCUCCAGCCCCAAUUCUUUGCAUUGUGUUUAUGGUGUAAAUAUUGGCUGAAAGCCCAUCAGGAGCCACAAACACACCUCUCUUGAGGGCACGGCCUUGCUACUUGUUUGCCUUUGGGAGCUCACAUUGACCCAAAUGACUGUAGUACUGCAAAUGACAGCCAGCAAGGGGGAACAUUCAGCAGAUCAAUGCUCUUGUGUGACGUGUGUGUAUCAGUCCUGAGCCAAAGUCAGCAAAAAAAAUACUCCUCUCUGUUCACGUAAUUCAAAACUGUUAAGCGGAGCAGUUAAGAACUCCUGUCUGUGGCCUUUACUUGCUCACCUACUGCCUUUUGCACUCGCUAACUUGCGCACACACCUUGAAAACUUGAAACAGUGUUACUAUGAAUAAGAAGAUAUACCUGCAAUCGCAGUGCCACACAGGUUGUCAAUUUUGAAGUCUCAAGAUAUUUUAAGUAAAAUGUAUUGUAAAUAUCGGGUAUUGUUUGACGUUUUUUGUGGCACAUGAAUCACCUUCUGCAUUAUAUUGCCUGAAAUUCACAGCAUAGCUGAAGAAACAAGGUACAGCACUGUCACGCUUGUACAUUGUAUGAAUUCACUCAAAUUGUAAAACGUUUUCGGUUUCAUAAUUAUGGUGGAUGUUUAGCAUAGAAUUGUUAUGCAGUCCCAGUACAUGUCUUGAGAUUAUUUAUUUCUUGCAGGUUAAAACCCCUUGUCUAAAUUUUCUAUUGUGUAAAUUAUUAUUUGUAUAUGAAUACUGUACACUUCAUGUAAAAUAAACACUGAAACUUG